AUGGCUUUUGCCUAUCCGGGUCGCGAACAGACGGAGAGCCGGCCAACGUACGCAUAUCGAGAAGUUUGUUUUCUCCGGCGACUGGCAUGUCGUCUGGAGCACAAUUGUUUAUCCUAUCCUUUUGAGGGCCGCUGUCUCGUGAAGUUGUCAAUCUUGAAAUUGGAAGCAGUCUCUGAACUCCUAGGCUUUGUAUACAAUAUACAGACUAAAAGAUGCGUGUUUGUGUCCUUUGGUGCUAAUGAACGUGAAGAAUCGGUGAAACAAGUCCUCAACAUAAUGGACACAAAAAUACUCAAGCCACUCGAAGGUCCUCAAGACGACGCCCGACACGUCAUGUAUACCAACAUCCCCGACAUCAUCGUUGCCACGCGUUCCGACCUCUCGACAUCAGCGACGUACCGACAUUUUGACGUUCCGACCUCGGCGACUUCUGGACGUUUAGACGUUCCGACAUCGGGUACGCAUAACCUCUCUGAGGUUAUGAUGAAGAUCCUCACCAUUUUCACGAGGCAGUAA